CGCUCGUGAACGCGCAGAUGAGUGUCGCGCGCAGCUCAGGCAGCUCGAGCAGUGCUAACGUGAUCGAGUGAGUGAAAUAACUCACUAAACUGCCGGAAAUCACCGUCAAAUCAUCGUCAAACCGCCCGGACGCGACGAGCUCGUCAGUCAUGAAGGCAAACGCGUUCUCCCGGGAUUUAGGAUAGAAACACGGAACAACACACAACUCAGAUACAAACAGCACUCACACACACAUCAUAACACACACAGUCACCUGACUAAAUACACACCUGCAGUUCUUUCCACACUCUUCUUCUUCCUUCUGCUGAUGAUGAAGAUGAUGAUGGUGCUGGUGAUGAAGAUGAGGCCCUGACUCACACACACUCACACACUCAUACACACACACACACACACACACACUGAUAUAUCAUGGGCUCGUCUCUCAGUGAACCCUGCAUCUAUGAUAAGCUGUCGGAGAGCAUCGACAUCCUGCGGCAGUCCGGAUACCGCUAUGGGAUGUCCGAGAGAGAGAUCGAGAAGUUCAUCAAGCAGGUGCUGGAGACCAACGAGCCUCGCAGGGACCCGCCGCAGUUCCCCAUCCUGAGGGCCACCAUCAAGUUGGUGUUGGCGGUGGGUGUUCUGCUGAUCGCGGUGCUGGUGUUCACGUAUCCUUACAGCCCACCGCUGCUGGACUCCAUGAGCGCGGCAGGACUCAACAGCUCGUCUCCUCUCAGUCACGCGCGCCUGCUAGAGCUGCCCAUCGCCAGGAAACACAACCUGCACAGUUUUCACGAGUGGUGGGCGUCCGGCGCGCUGCAGAUGCCACAUGUGUACUGCUCGGCCUGCGCAGGCGUGACGGCAGCGCUGCAGCUGAGAACAUCAGUGGGGAUCAACAGACAGACACAGACGCAGCCGCUUCUGCUCAAGGGUGGAGAGUCUCUGUCUCGGCGUGUGUCUCAUCUGGAGCAGUUCUCACGGCCGCAGACGGUCACGCCGACACCUGCCAACUUCACCCUGCUCUGGAGUUUCUCAUCCAGUCCCAGAGAGACCGUUCUCCAGUGGUUGUUUCCGGACACUGAGCUCUGCCCUCUGCUGGAGAACACGGGAACGACACUACAGCGCUGCCAGAUCACCGACAGCACGAAUGCACAACACACGCGCGUACAAGUGUUGGGUUGGCUGGUGGUGGCCGAAGGUUCUCCGUCGGUUCGUGUUCUUCCCGUCCAGCGAUGCCAAAACUACUGCAGCUCCUUCAGCCUGUGGCUGGAGCCAGGAGACAUGGUUUAUGCCGACCCGCGCUACUGGCUGAUGGAGCUUUUCCCGUCCGGAGGUCAGAGCGUGUUGUGUGACGGCCCCGUUCUCUGAGACACACCUCUGUGUGCCGUGACUGAUACGGACACAUUCAGCUCUCACCAGAGCUUAUAACGUCACACACGGCAGCACAUGAAGAUGAUAGAUAUAUCAGGACGCUGCUGCCCCUCAGAUGUGUUCAGGAAGUGAAGUCGGCUCUUCGUUUCUCUUUCUUCAGACGUGAUUGAUUCUGACGGUCUUUCUGCUGAGCUUCUGUGAUCUUCAGUUCCGGUGAUGUUUUCGGGAUCUUCACGCAAGACGCUCAGGAACACGCUCGCUCAUGUUUCACCACAAGAAAUAACAGAAAUUGUAUUUUGUUUAAAGAAAAUCAAAACUAUUUUAUUACAUUUUGAGAUUAUUUUCAUGACGAUUAAGCACGUUUUGUUGAAAAAUUACUGGGAUGCAAAAAAUGCAAAAAGUUCUCAUUACUGUAAUGCUAUUAAAUAAUAUAUAAAUUAAAUUGUAAAUUAUUUCUACGUUGCGGUAGUACUUGUUGAAGACAGUUUAAUUUUAGUAGAUGCUAUUAUUUCUGUGAUGAGAACAAUAUUAUUUUUUUGGUGAAAAUGUUUUUCUCUCUUGGUAUAGAAAAAACUGUAACGGUAAUGACACUAAGUAAAUAUUUUUCAUUAUGGUAAUGAGAACUAGAAGUUUCCUGUUAAAAAUAAUCUUCCAUAUUUAUGUAUAAUUUUAUGUAUAAUGUUAAUAAGAAUUACAAUAUAUUUUGCAUUAUGGUAAUGAGAAAUUGAAUUUUUUUCCUGUAUUACAGUAAUGAGAGAAAUAUUUUUUGUUUAAAAUAAUUUUUCCAUAUGGUAAAUGUUUUUUUUUUUUUUGUAACGAUGGUAAUGAGAAUAUAUUUCUCAUUAUGGUAAUGAACAAGGUUUUUUUCUGUAUUACGGUAAUGAGAACUAGAAUUUUUUUUGUUCAGAAUCAUUUUCCACAUGGUAAAUGUUUAUUUUAUGAUGGUAAUGAGAAUGAGAAUAUAUUUUUUCAUUAUGGUAAUGAAAAAGAUUUUUUUUCUGUAUUAUGGUAAUGAGAACAAGAUUUUUUCUGUGUUAUGAUAAUGAGAACUAGAAUUGUUUUUGUUUAGAAUAUUCUCCCAUAUUAUGGUAAAUCUGUUUUUUUUUUUUUUUUUUUUUUUUUUUUUUUGUUAAUGAGACGUAGUAUAAAUUUUUCAUUACGGUAAUGAGAAUGAGGAUUUCUUCUGUAUUACGGUAAUGAAAUCUCUUUUUUUUUGUUCAAAAUCAUUUUCCAUAUAGUAAAUACGUUUUUUUUUUAUAUGACGGUAAUGAGAAUGAGAAUAUAUUUCUCAUUAUGGUAAUUAGCGAGAUUUUUUUUUCUGUUUUACAGUAAUAAGCAAGAAAUGUUUGUGUUUAUCACGUUAAUGACAUUGAGAAUGUUUUUGUGUAUUAAGGUAGCAAGAACAUUUUCUUUUGUAUUACACUAAUAAGGAGAAUUUUUUUUUCCAUUGUGGUAAUGGUGAUGAAUAAUAAUAACAUGAAUGUGUGGGGAAACGUGUUUUAUUGUCAUGAAUAUAAUCUCAGUUCCGAAACGUGAGCCGCACGUGUUCCACGUGAGAUCCGCCCACCUGCGGAUCAGCCAAUCAGAGCACUUUAAAUGUUGGUCAUCAGCCGAUGAUGUCAUAUCCUGAUGUAGCGCCACGCUGCUGUCAUUGGAUGAACUCUCCACCAAUCAGAGUCGAGCGACGUAGCGUCGUCAGAUCGUGCCGACGGUUUAAUAUAGCCAAUGUUUUUUGUUUUUUUUUGUUCUCUGGAGUCUAAUCAUUGUAAAUAAUGAGAGUAAGAUGCAGAUUAUGUGAUUUACUAAUAUGAUUCAGAGAUUUAUGUCGAUUGUGAUUUUACUGCAGGAUUUACACAGUAAACAAAAGCUGCUGUUCAUAA